AUGGGAGGAAGGAUCCAUUCUGUCCGGCCCUACGUUACACGCACAGUCAGCGAUGGUGGCGAUCCGGAACUGGUUUUUGUUACCCAGAGACGAGCUGCUAAUACUCUGGUUGAUACCGCGCUCUUCCACGUCAAUGCUGUAAAUGGUGAAGAUGGAGGCAAGCUCCAAAGAAGGUCACGGCUGAAGAGGCGGAAGAGUUCAUCAUCGAAUACGAUCCAGUUUUUCCAGACGAUUCUCAUCGUGUUCUCUUAUAACUAUGAAGUUGCCAAUGUACAGCGGAUAGUGACCGCACCUGCCCUCCUUGAAUCAAAAGGAUUGGUCUUCGUCUUCAUGUUCCCAACCCGUGUGGCGCCAUCGAACACAUUCGACGUCCUCAGCAAGAACUUCCACAAGGUCCAGCGGAUGUUCACGGUCUCCAGGCUAUCGCUUACACGACCGAUAGAGGAAAAGGCUUAG